AUGGGUGAACUCUCAUCUGCAGGUGUUCAAGAACCUCUGCUAUCAAGUAGAAAUAGCAUUAAGAUUGAAGCUCCAAAUACUAGGAGAAGAAAAAAAGUGGAUAAAGGACUACUAGGUAGAUUCUCAAAAUGGGAUCACUAUAAGCAAGCAUCAGCACCAUCAUCGCCAGAGGGUGAGCUAAUAGGUAGAAGGCCCUCAGUUAGAAGAACAGAUUUUACCAAUAAGAAGGAGUACAAUCGAUACCAGAAACAGAACCGAUUUAUAUUUCAUAGGGGGUUCUUUAGACGUAAUGUCCAUAAUAGAUCAAUAAGACGUGGUAGUGAUAAUCGUAUAAGGCUAAAGAACAAAGCUGAACUGAAUGCAGCGUUACAAUACGUGGAUUUAUCAUCUUUGGCACCGCAGGAUGUGAUUAGUACUGAUAAAGUGGUAACUUUCAGGCCAACUCAAUUGCGUCAAAGGACACCUGCUGUAGUAAUAUCAUCACUGACGCCUAUAGGUAAUUACACCAGCUCUUUGGGCAGAACUGUGUCCAUUAAGAGAUCAAUGCCAAUACACCAUUCGCCGCCGCAAGAUAAGAGUACUCCAAAAGGUGCAUCAAGACCUAAUUCAAGCUUACAUAGAUCGCUCUCGACACCAGCGUCCAUUAGAAAUAUACGGCGAAGAUUUUAUUCACCGCAGCGCACAGUUUUACAAAAUAUGUGGAGGGAAUACUUGCUUUUGGUGAUUACUCAAAGGUCACAAUUGAGAAUUUCAUUGCUUCGUCAAGGUGGUAGUAGUUUGACAUCUUCUCAGACAAGGACAGUUGAGACAAAAGAGCUUCUGCGCGACGAUCCAAUAACGUCUGCCGCAGAAGGUUCUCCAUCUGCCUCAUUCAUAACUGCUAGGAGGAAAGCUCUGUGA